GUUCAGCUAAGACAAGCUAAAAAGAUUUGUUUGAAUUUUCUCCCUUUUUGUUUCCAAAUUAUCAAUAUGAAAAUUAUAUAUUAUUACUUAUUUUUCUGGUGCAAAAAGAAACAAUAGAAUAAUUACAAAUCUUAUCGUAAAUCCAUAUGUCUUAUUUUUGUCAUUGCCUGAAUAUUAUUAGACUGGAUCACUGAACAAAGGAAGAUGAACUCCACAUUAAGCCCUGAUUAUUGCCGGAAAACGGAGUUGAAAGCUUUUGAUGACACAAAAGCUGGUGUUAAAGGACUUAUUGAUGCUGGAAUUACCGAAGUUCCUCGCAUUUUCCAUCAUCCACCUGAUGACUCGAACAAAAUUUCACAUACUGCUGCUGAUGCCAAGUUCACUUUUCCUGUAAUAGACCUUGGAGGCGUUGAUCAAGAUUUAGCUUUGCGCAAGGAGAUUGUUGACAAGGUACGAAAUGCUUCAGAGACUUGGGGAUUUUUUGAAGUGGUAAAUCAUGGGAUUCCUGUGAGUCUGCUAGAGGAUAUGAAGGAUGGAGUACGUAGGUUCUACGAACAAGAUACUGGGCUGAAAAAGGAAUUCUACACUCGUGAUCUCACAAAAAAGGUUGCGUACAAUACUAACUUUGAUCUCUAUAGUUCACGAUCAGCUAAUUGGAGAGAUACGAUUGCUUUUCGAAUGGCUCCUGAUCCUUGCAAACCAGAAGAUCUGCCAGCUGCAUGUAGAGAUAUUGUAAUCCAGUACUCUAAGGAAGUACAAAAAUUGGGAAAUUUACUAUUACAAUUAUUAUCAGAGGCUCUUCGUCUAAACCCAAACCACUUGAAAGACAUGGAUUGUGAUGAGGGGCUUGUGGUUCUGUGUCACUACUACCCAGCAUGCCCCCAGCCAGAAUUAACCAUGGGCACAAGCAAGCAUGCAGAUAGUGACUUCCUCACCCUGCUUCUUCAAGACCAUAUUGGUGGUCUCCAAGUUCUCCAUCAGAAUCAGUGGAUUGAUGUUCCUCCCACACCGGGGGCUCUAGUGGUUAACAUUGGAGAUCUUCUACAGCUCAUAUCAAACGACAAGUUCGUAAGUGUUGAGCAUAGGGUGCUGGCAAACCAUAUAGGACCAAGAGUAUCUGUGGCAAGCUUUUUUACCACAGACCUUAUGUCAAGAUCAAGACUCUAUGGACCCAUCACAGAGUUGUUAUCAGAAGAGAAUCCUCCAAAGUACAGAGAAACCACAGUGAAAGAGUACGCUGCUCACUUCGUUGCAAAAGGCCUUGAUGGGACUUCUGCUCUGCUGCAUUUCAAGCUCUGAAACCUAGCAAUGACAAUUAUAUGGGCGUGGAAUCUAAUUAGUUAGCACUUUUCAUGGAAUUUGAUCAAUAUGAUUGUGUACAAUUUUUUAUGGAAUUUUAUAAAGAUUAUUGUGAACA